AUGACGGACAACAGUAAUACACCUGUUGAUUUACGUAUUAAACGAAAACAUGUUGUUAUCGAAGAUGAUAAAUUAUCAACAAAGAAAAAAUCUCGUAAUCAUAAUAAUGAAAAUCCACUUGACUUAUCUAUUAAAUCACAUCAUCAUUCGUCACAAUAUCCAAUAUUACCAUCAACAAUUCCUUUUUAUAAUCCAACGGGUUUAUUUUUCAAUUCAUCUGCUUUACUCUAUGAUCUAUUCUUAGCAAAUCUAAAUUCUUAUUGUCAACAACAACAACAGCAAAUAGCAAAAGUCGAAUCGAUUCCACCAAAGUCUAAUAAACAACAAACAAUAACUUCGUCUCGUCUGAUAAAAGAUAAUUCAACAACAAUUAAACAUGAAUCCUAUGCUUGUUCAUGUGGUGAAAGAUAUUCUAAUGCUGCUCAUCUUGUAAGUCAUCUUAAAAUAACUAAUCAUAGUGCACAAUUAUCAUCAACACAUGAUGAAGUUGCUAAACUUGUUCGUGGACAAGAUAUUUGGUUGUCACGUGAUACAAAUCCAGCAAAUCAAAUUUUAAAAUGUCUUCGUUGUUCAUUAUCAUUUGAGACUUUACCUGAUUUAACAGCACAUAUGAUGAAAACAAAUCAUUUUACACAACUUUUAACCUCAUCAAAUUCAUAUCAACAUUCCAGUUCUAAACAUCAACAACAUUCACCAACAAAAAUCUCUAAUACACAUUCACGUUCUUUAACAUGUCUUGUUUGUUCUCAACAUUUUGCACGUGAAGUUGAUCUCGUUGAUCAUUUGCAACGUUUACAUCAAAUACGUUUUAAUUGUACAACAUGUGGAAUGUAUUUCGAAAAUGAAAAUAUUUAUAAAGAACAUUUAAUAAAAGAAAUGCACCAUAGAAAUGGAAAAACAAACAGAAAUCGAGAUUAUUUUAUUAAUCAAUGUAAAACAUUGCAAAAACGAUCAACUGUUGAAAACAAAUCUGAACAACGUAAAUCUCGAUCACCUAUUGAUAAAGAAGUUGAACGUGUUACAUCGGAUUUACUUGAUCGUAUUGUUCCUAAAGAUGAAAUAACAACUGGUGAUGCUCUAUCACUUUUACAAAAUUUUGUUAUUAAACAAACGCCAUUAUCAAAUAGUUUAAAUCAACAUAUACCAAUUGACCUGAAUAAUAAUUGUGAUGAUGAAAAUAGUAAACAAAAUAUAAUAAAUUUAUCCGAUGAAAAAUCACUAUUAUUAAAUCAAACAGAAUCAAAUGCAAAUCCAUUAGCUUCAUUAGAAAAAAUGCUUACUUAUUCAACAAAUACAAUUGAUUUAUCUUCAACAUCUGUACAUGAUAGUGGACCUAAGAAAAAAAAGUUUGAAAAAUAUCGUUUAUUUGCUGAAAAAAUGAUUCGAUCUACUUUAUCAUAA